UGAUUUCUACCGACAGGAGGCGGAAUUGCCCUGAAGGAGCCAUGAGUCGGAAUUAUCGGGCCCCGUCGCGUCUCGGCCUCCCUCUCCUCACUCUCCUCCUCUUCUGCGUGCAGCACAGGCGAGGCCUCGGGCACACAGUCGGGGAGCACCUGUACUUCCAGGUGCUGAGCCCAGGUGAGAUCCGAUACCUGUUCCAGGUGCGGCCAGCCAAGGACUUCGGCGGUGUUUUUAACUCUCGCUUCGACAGCAUCAACCUGGUGCCCAGCGAGCCCCCGGACGCGUGCAGCGACCUCGCUAACGGGGAGCUGCUGCGGGGUCAGAUCGCGCUCGUCGAGCGAGGGGACUGCUCUUUCCUGUCGAAGACGCGCACCGUCGAGCGAUAUGGCGCGCGUGCCAUCAUCAUCGCUGACAAUGCCUACGAUGACAUCACCUCGUUUGUGGACAUGAUUCAGGACGGCACUGAGCGUCAUGCCUCCAUCCCGGCGCUCUUCCUGCUCGGCAAAGACGGGUACAUGAUCCGGAGGUCUCUGCUGCAGAACGGACUCGCCUCGGCACUCAUCAACAUCCCCGUGAACGUCACGUCCAUGCACACUUACCAGCUGAUGCAGCCACCUUGGACGUUCUGGUGAAGCCAGUCUUGCCACGGCGAGUUGCCUGGCCAUCAUCAGAAUUUAAGCAUUGCAUUCCAACAAUUGUACAUUUCUGAGCAGUGGCUGCUUAGACUUUUUAAUCACAGUCCCGUUACCUGAAGCUGAAUAAGGUGUAACCAAUUUGCAUGUAUUUAAGUGCAACUCAGAAGCACCCAAGCAAGCAUGGCAAUUAACCAGACCCAUCACUUCUGUUUGAUUUAAUUUAAAAAAAUCACUGUUGUUUUGGCGGGCCUGUCUCACUUACACUUGUGAGAGUGCUGGUGUGAUUACAGUUAUUAACCUAUCAUAGAACAUGUCACAAGCAUCUGGAAGCUGUGACGAGCCAGGUGAUCAUGAGUAUUUUUUGUGAACAAGGCAGCUCGAAAACUUGAGUGAGACUCAGGCGUUCUUGACUGUCGUUCCACCGUACAGUAUUCCGUCACCACACAUCCAUCCACUGCUGCCGACGUUCAGAUUUGGUAGCUGAAGCAUCACGAAAUCCCUUGCUUACUCUGGCACACAUCACACCUCAGGUGCAUGAGAAUGAUUUGGAAGUUAGACGGUUAGGCCUCGGGGGGUGGGGGGCAGCUCCCAUUUCAUGUAAUAAGGGUCCAAAGAAUUGAAUAAUUGUGCUCGACUUCUACUGUCCCAAGUUUCAGGGUUGGUAGUUCUUCCCCUGUUUUCUCUUGACGUAGUGCAGUUGAGGCAUCUGGACAAUGAGCGAGUUUACUGCGUUUAUUGAUUCCAUCCAUGAUAGGGGAAUGUGCAGGGUAUUUGAGGCAUCCACAGAUUGAGGCGGCUGGAUCAGACAUUUGUUAUUGUGCACCAAUGCGCACCGAUCAUGCAUAGUAGGCUCUUUGGAUAUAACAAAGCUGUGUAAAGACUGUUGUAGAACUGGACUGGAUUCACAGACCCAUCCUGCGUGGUGCAGCAUGAGGUUUGUAAAAUACAUUUUUAUGCUCGGCAAUACACACCAAAUCCGGCACAUGUAAAAUGAUGAUCUACAAUGUAUUGAAAUGUAAUAAUUGUGGCACUUAUCACGACACUUUAACGAGGGAACGUGUUGGUGAAUGCAGCAGAAACAAUUAUACAAAUGAGAUGUGACGAGACAAUAAAACGAAACAAAUGAGAAAAAAAUCAAUUCUAAGAUCAAACCGAAACUUGAUCAAAUAACUGUGGAGUUAACCGAUACAGGCGUUUUCAUAACUCUGCACUGAGAUUGAAGUAAAUGUUUGUGUACUGUGGAUGUAAAUAUUUGCAUGAGUAAUUUUGGUCGAAAGAAAAUAUCAAUGGGAGAACUGGACUGGAACUAAGUGUUUGAAUCAAAACAUAAUCUUCCACCGAUGUAUUUUUGUUGAUGUCAGUUGUGAUGAUGAUUGUAGAUUCUAGAUAAUUAUGUUUCUGUCUUUGUGUUUUGGAACAGCAUGUACUUUGCGACAGUAGUUUUAAGUUACAAAAGUGUGAAGCCUGAAUGGCUUUUUUUUGCGGCCUGCAUCAUUAAGCUGAACGUGUUGGUUAAAAUGUUCGACCACGCUGUUUACACGCAACACAAGCACCAGCGGCUGGGUGGCCGUGAUGGUCAGAACUCUCCGGUGCUUGAAGUGGUGAUUGUGUUGGGUUGAGGUGCACUUAAGCCGCUCGUUAAAAAGCCCAAUGGUUAGCGUGAUCCUUGUUAUGUUUUUUUUUACCUCAGGCGGGUCGAUGUCAUGAGCAUUAUUGUUUUAUUGUGAGCAAUCGCCUCUGAGCACAAGUGUGUGGCUCUGUGAGAGUGCGGCAGCGAACAACCAUGAAUAAAGUUUACAGUGAAU